AUGCCACCGCCUGACGCGGCCACAGGCGCCCUCAGCACACGCGUCUGCGCCUUCAGGCUGCACCCCAAUGUCGUCCGCAACUUCUUCGUGCACCACAACCGCGUCAAGGACAGUAGCUUCUUGUCGUCGGAGGAUGUCUCGAGGAUGUCUGGGUGCGUCAUCGGGAUGAAGAGCAGGCGGACGGUUGAAAUCGUGGACAGCCUGGACCUCCUGCUCGACCCCGUCUCAGGAACCCUCUGCCGCGCCUUGCUGGAGAAGAAGGAGCACUACAAGAAGCGCUUUCCUGGCUCCGUCGUCCUAGGGUGGUACUCUUCUGGGACUCGGAGCGCCGCCAUGCAGGACAUCGACAUCCAAAUCCACAAGGCCUUGAUGGAUGCUAAGGGAAGAGCUUUUUAUCUUCUAUUAGAUCCUGCAAUCAAGCCCCCGCAGAUGGAUCUCCGUGUAUGUAUUUAUGACUCUGUGUUGUGCGCUACCGAUGGGAGUCCUCAGCUCAACCUUGUCAAAUUUAACUGUACCAUUGAGGUUGGUGUUCUCCUCAAGUGUUUGUUUAGUUAUAGAGACGGUGCACCUCCUAAGCAUCAUUCAUUUAGGAUGAUGCUGCUUGAAACUCCGUCAGGUUUUGCCAUGUUCAGUGUUUCAGCGCGAUUUCUUCAGUACCCUGAGGUUGUUUAUUCUAGUUUUUGGACUAUUGUUGGGCAUUUCCUGUUUUGUGCUCUUUUAGAGCAGGCUAUCUCCACCCUUGGUUUCAUUAAGGUUGAUAACAAAUCUAUUGCCUGGGAUAGUGUUGUUGGUCCCGGUAAGGAUCUGGAAAAUCUCAUCCCAAAAUUCAAUUUUAUACAACCGUUGAUCGUUCCGGACGCACAACUUAAGUAUGUUUUUGAGAACAAACUUAAACUCAUUUGUUGGCUUGAUGCACGCAUUGUUCGUGAGAUGACGUGGAGACUAAAGUAUGUCCUGGGUGAAUUUGUACCUGAAGAAAAGGACAAUCUAACUAAUGAAUAUCAUCUUCCGCUGAGCAAGGAAUUGGAGAAGAAGGUAAAAGCAUGUGGAUUCAGUGUCUCACCACGAACGAUUGACAGAGAGUUUAUAACCACUAUUGGUUACAUGUACAUACUAGAAUUAACUUCAGAUAGUCUCUUUGUGUUCUUGCACCAUAAAUUUAAUGACUGCUUUUAUGGGCGUCACAUGUCUGACCUCGAGUUUGCAAAAGCUAUUGCAGACCGUCUCCAUUUCUCCGAGGAAAUUAUACCAAACUAUGGCGAGUAUAGCAAACAAGAUAUACUGAGAUUCACCGAAAUUUUUUUGGCAGCUCCUGAUUUGAAAAAUGAUGCUAUGUCACAUCUCAAGCUAAUGGAGGCAGCAGCUAGUGAAGAUCCUUUGGCGGUUCCUGACAAGAAAAAUUCAUGUCUCAGAAAAGAGGAAGAUGAUAGACCCAAGAAGCCAGGGACAAGGAAGAGGAGAGCAGCUGAAAGUGCGUUCAAGAUGCAUGCUUCCAAUAAGAAGGCAAAGGUCGCAACACCGCCGAGCCAGAAGACAGGUGACAACAAGGGGGCUGUCCAUGUGGCGACCUUGCACCCGGCAAAGAAGAUGGGCAAGACCCUUGCAAGUAGGGCUGGACAGAAAGCUUGGGGCUCAAGGCUUUCGAGGCACAGCUGGGUUUGGCUCGGGCUCGGCCCGGCUCGAAGGUCCAACAAGCCAAGCGCAAGCCUCUGA